AUGGAGAACCAGCUCAUUGUUGAGGAGAUGUGCCUAUCAUACUAUCGCCACGAGGGCUGGAAAGGCUACCACAGUGAAGGUGGAAUUCUCCGAACAUUGUUUGCUUACUUGUUCUUCGACAUCUUAUUCGUCUAUGUUCCCAAUGUUUUCCAGACGGCUUUCCAAACAUGCCCCCUCGAUCUCCACACGGAUGCAUUCUACCCAGCCCGGGCCAGUCAGAUCAACCAUCGGCUUGUCGAGAUUGCCAACGGUGGUGGCGAGAAGAUUUUGCGGGAGGUUUACGAGCGGGAGCAUGAGAGGCAAACCUGCGUGGUAGGCUUGAACUGGGACUUUGAAAUCGAGGACUUGGUAGAGUUGGUCUCCUGUUUCGACAGGGCUGCCCUUGCUGCCGUAUGCAAAGUCAUGUCAGAAGACUAUAGGGCACGCGGAGGCGGCGUGCCAGAUCUCGUGCUGUGGAGGACAGCCGGAGACGAAGCCCAAACCAAUCGAGAUGACAUCAUCAACAACAACAUUGACCGAAAAGGAGAGGUCAUGUUUGCCGAAGUCAAGAGUGCAAACGACCGCCUCAGUGAUACACAACGACUAUGGAUCCACGUACUCACAGGCGCAGGAGUGAGGGUUGCGCUGUGCAAUGCCGUGGCACGAGAGGUGCGAACAUUGCUGUGA